CUUUUUCCACCACUUCUCUCGCCAGGAACAACGACGCCUUCAACUCACGCAUCUAUCCAUUACCGUCAAAUUUAUUCACCAUGUCAGCCACGAAAGACAAGUCUAAGGUUCACAAAUUGUCCCUGAAAGGGUCGUCCAAGCUCGUGGCAGAAUUCUUUGAAUAUUCUAUCAACUCUAUCCUGUUCCAACGAGGCGUAUAUCCUCCAGAAGACUUCACAACUGUUAAGAAAUAUGGCCUCAACAUGCUUAUUACUUCCGACGACCAGGUCAAGGCCUACAUCAAGAAGAUCAUGUCGCAGUUGAAUAAGUGGAUGAUGGGAGGCAAGAUCUCCAAACUUGUUGUAGUCAUCACAGACAAGGAAACUGGGGAGCACGUGGAGAGAUGGCAAUUCGAUGUCGAAAUAUUCGGGAAACGCAGCAAGAGUACAAAGUCCCAGGCUUCUGGUGACAAAGAAAACGCUGGCCCAGAGAACGCCGACCCUCAAGCUCCGGUUGAGAAAACAGAAAAAGAAAUUCAAGAAGAAAUUCAGGCAAUUUUCCGCCAGAUUACCGCUUCGGUCACCUUCCUCCCUGUCCUCGACGGAGACUGCACAUUUAACGUCCUCGUGUACGCCGACGCCGACUCAGAGGUCCCAGUCGAAUGGGGUGAUAGUGACGCCAAGGAGAUCAAGAACGCAGAGAAGGUCCAGCUCAGGAGUUUCAGCACGAACAACCAUCGUGUAGAGACAUUGGUCAGCUAUCGUCUUGCUGACUAGACUACCCUACUAUCGAUUGCGGUGUUUUCGGAAGGCGUUCAGGAUGGAAGACGAUAGGCUCAAUUCUGCAUAUUUCGGUGCUACUUGUGUUUCGUGUUUUAUCAUCGGCAGCAUAUCAGUAACGACUAAUGAAUAUGCAUCACUAACAUGGUUCCAAAA